UAAGUUAAGAUUAAAGUACAAAAACAACAACAACACCAACCACUACAAAUGAAUUAAUUAAUUUAAAAAAGAAAAAAGUAAUUUCACAAAAAUUAUAAUCAAUGCAAAUGACAAAGAAAUAACGAAUAAAAAAAAAUCCACAACAACAACACCCACACCAACAACAACAACAACAACAGUAGCAGCAGCAGCAGCGGCGGCAAUUACAACAACAACUUCAACAAACACCAAGAAAAUUCAACAACAAACAACAACCACAACGGAUCAAUACCAAAGAUGGAGGCAAAAUUCUUGGCUAGCGCUCUUUCAUUCCUCUCGAUAUUUUUAGCGAUUUAUGCUCAAUCACUUGCCAAUGACCUCCUGGCGGAGACCAGCGAUGAGGGCGGAGACUCCGCCUCCUCCACAGAGUUGUUUGAGGUGACGCCAGCCAUCUACUACGGCGAUUCGAAUGUGAAUUUGGGCGAACCCUUCUCGAUAACCUGCAUCAUACCGAUCACGGAGAAGAUCCAUUGGCUCAAGAACGGGGAGCCCAUAACGCGUCACAAUCUGCGGCAUGGACGGGAUGAGCAUGCCUACACUUUGGCGGAGAGCGCCAUCGAGGGUGAGAAGCACAAGAUCGAGGCGCAUCUGAGCGUGCGGCAUGCCCUGAAGGUGCACGAGGGACGAUACCAGUGCAACCAUCGACAUGGCAGCUACCACAUGCUGCACGUGAGGGGUGCAGCAUCGCCGGGCGGCGGCGAAGCCACAGAGUCUGGAUACCAGACCAUUGACGAACUGACGCCCAAUUCGGCGGAUGACAUUUUCACACGGACGUGGCUGGAGCAGCAGCAAACGGGAGUGGGCGUGGGAGUGACGCCACCGCAUCAUCAGCAGCAGCCGGAGCAGCAUCAGCACCAGCACAAGCAGCACAAGGCGCAUCCGUUCUAUGGGAAUGCCAGCAGGGGGGAUUUGACUGUGGGGCCGUAUGUCCCAAUGCCACCACCCACCAGCCGGUACAACGAUCUGACCACACUGCCCUGGCAUCCAUCCUCGACGGCGACGGGUGUCCAUGGCCUGGGCGGUGGCAUUCAUCGUGUGUACUCGGCCACGCCGCCCGACUUCCCGCCACCGCGCCUCAACAUGAUGGAGCACACUGUGGCGCCGCCAGAGCCACCCACCAUACUGUACAAUCAGACGCUGCCGCAUCACCGCCAGCGUCCGCCAAUCACAGCUAUUGUCACUGCCACGGCCACCGAUUCGAGUGCCGGCCUAGGAUCCCCCCCCUCAUCCACGCUCCUGUCGACGGCGCACCAUCACUCGCACCACCAGCAGCAGCUGCAGCAGCAGGCGCAGCACACGUUAAAUGCCUUCCAGUUGCCGCUGCCGCCGCCGGUGCCGUAUCCAGCACAGAGUCCAGCAGCUCCGGUUCCAGUUCCAGCUCAAAACGAGAGAUAUCAGACAUAUGCGCCGCACUUUGUGCCACCAGUGGUGGGGGGUGGUGGUGCAGCAGCCCCAACAACAACAAUCGCAUCGAUGGGUGGUGGUCAAAUGAGGCAGCAGCCAAAGACAGUCUUGUCUGCUAAAUUGGAUACGUUGGUGCCAAAUUAUGACAAUGUCGAGCAUGAAAUGAAAUUUUAUGAUAUUAGAGGGCCGCUGGUGCUCAGCUGCAAUGUGAAGGCCGAUUCAACGGACCCGCUUAUAUGGAAAAAGAACCACACCGACGUGAUGAACGUGGAUGUGCUGAAGGGUCGCUUUAAGUUAAUCAAUGCCGAGAGGAAGUUCAUCAUCGACAGAGCGGAAGCGUACGACGAUGGCCUCUACAGUUGUGAAAUCAAUGGGGUGUCCAGGGAUAUCAAUGUGAUUGCUCGCGUUGUUGUACGAGUGCCUUCAAAUACAGCCGUUGUGGAGGGCGAGAAAAUGUCCGUUACCUGCUCGGUCGUGGGUAGUGCACCACAAUUGUCAUGGACUUUUGGCAAUGUAACGCUAAAAAACAAUACAGAUCGCUUUGUACUGAAAGCGGACAACAAUAUUGAGAAUGCUAUUCUGACAAUGGACAACGUUACUCUGGACGAUAGAGGCGAGUACAAGUGCAUUGGACGCAAUGCGGCCAAUGAUUUCGGAAACAGCACUGUUGCCAGCGACUUUACAACUGUGCGUGUUAAGGGCAAAUUUGCCGCCUUGUGGCCUUUCCUGGGCAUCUGCGCUGAGGUGCUUAUUCUCUGCUUGAUCAUUCUCAUCUACGAGAAGCGACGCAACAAGAGCGAACUGGAGGAGAGUGAUACUGAUCCCCAAGAACAGAAAAAGAAAAGGAGAAAUUAUGAUUAAAUGUCCUAAACAGAACAGCAUACAGAAUAAUACCAAACAAAACAAAAACAAAAAAGAAAAAAGAGUUAAAAAAUGAUUUAAAUAUUGAGCAUAAACCAGUAACAGAGCAUUACAUAAAAUUACAAUACAUAAAACUAGCAAAAAUGAUAUUACAAAAUGAAGGUUCAAGAACAUACAUUACAUUACAUUACAUACAUACAUAUAUGGAUAACAGUCAGUCACAAGAGCCUACACCCGAAAACCCCAGACAUCUUUCACAAUCUACUAUCACCCGUUCCCUGUCCCCCCGUCCCCUCGUCCUCUACUGUCCCCAGAAACUGCAGAAACUUUUGUUUAGUAAAAUUGUAUUUUAUUAAACUAUGAAAAACCAAACAAUUAAUAUUAAACAAACCUAAAAAGGAAACUGAAAUUAAUAUUAAAAACGGAAAGUGAUAGCAGUUAAACGAACACUAAAAAAAGAAUACCAUAAUAGCGGGACUGUAGAAACUAACCUAAAAGAAGACAAAGGUCCCAAAAUCACCACUCUCCUCACUCCACACUCCACUUCUGUCCACACCUGUUCCCCAGUCACUCUCUCCCCAAUCCUGCAAGAGAACAAAGGAAAUAAUAUUGUACAUAAUCUCAAAAGUUGAAUGAAAAAAUGGCAGAAUAAGGAAAGCAAAAUAAGGGAACUCUUCUGUCUCUGUACUGUACGCGAAAACCUACCAACGGCUCUCUCUCUCUCUCUCUCUCUAUCUGUCUGUCUCUAUAUCUCUCUCUCUCUUUGAGUAUCCCAGCAAGGAUAUUUGCUCUGACUAUGAUUUCUUAGGUAGCUAUAUUUUGAGGUUAGGUUUUACUUGGGCCACGUGGCGAUCGAUGCAGAAACAAUAACAGCUAGAAGAUGGCGCAAAAUGGCGGAGAAUGGCAAGUGGAAGAUCAGCAGCGCAGCAGCAGAAGCAGCAGCAGCGAAAAGGAAGAAGGAAGAAGAAGAAAAAGGAACACUGUUAAAUGAGAAGACGAUGUUAAAAAGAACUUUGUUUAUUAAACUUAGUUAAUAUACAUAUAUAAAUAAUGAACAAAAUGGAGGAAGAACUUUUUAAACAAUUAAGUAGCGCGUUAUGGGUAUAUUUUUAAAGGAUUAAUACCGGAAGUAGUCGACGGAUGAAGAACCGAGAACAUUGUAUAUUGCAUAAUUUUAGAAGAACAAAACAAAACAAAACAAAAAACAAAAACAAAUAUAAGAAGAAAGAUGAUGAAAAAUCUGAUGCGUACUGCCAAAACUUGUAAAGUUCAGUACUAUUUGCUUAGCCUCAUUUUUGGUAAACACUAAAACUAGCAAAAAACCAAAAUCAAAACUCUGUUAAUUCAUUUCUGUUGUUGUUAAUUUGGGUUGUUUUAAAUAUAAUGUGAAGCAUUCAUUGUGUGAAAAAAAAAAACAAGGAAGAAAAUGUGGGAAAACAACUAUUACCUAAAGCGGUCUUCAAAUCACAUCUCUUAAGCUCGUAAUCAUAACUAACAUACAUAUACAUAUACACAUAAUAUAAACAUAAUAUAAACUCUAAAAUUAGUUUACGUUUCUGUAUGUCCUUAAUUCGUGUACGUUCUUUUUUUUUUGGGUUGUUUCUUUUUUCGUUGAGAUCAUUUUUCGCCGCCACCAAAGCUUUAAAUACUUACAUAGUAAACUGUGUUCUCAGUAAAAAAAAAAACCCAAAAACAAGAAAAUAUAAGAAAAAUGAUGGGAAGUUAAUAAAAUGAAUGAAAAUUAUGUUAAACGACACACAAAAGAUGUGAGUACGAGAUUUGUAUAGUAAACUAAAUAAACAUAAUAAACCGAAAGAAACACCCCUGGAAAAAGUUCUUGUUAUACAUAUAUAUAGUAUAUAAAUCACGUGUGUGUGUGGCAUGUUCGAUUACCUAGAUUAAACUAUAUACAAAUACGAUAAAAAUACGGAAAUAGAAGUAGCAGCAGCAGGAGAAAAUAAAUGAAAGAAAGUGAAUGAUUUGGGGGUCAAUAAAUAGCCUAGAAAGAGGAGACUUUUUGGAAAACCGUCGAUAGAAAAUUCUCGUGCAUAAGUUUUUUAUUCAUGUACAAUUGUUGUACAGUUUUUGUGGCUUAUUUGUGUAUAACAAACUAUUAGUGACAAAAGAACAACUACUACUUACUACUAAACUAUCAUAAUAUAUUGAUCUACAUAUAUUUGUGUAUGUAUGUACAUUAAAACGGGGAGCACUUAUGAUCCUGCUAUCCUACUAUCCUUUCAAUGUUUCACAGCAAACAUACUGGUCUUUUCAUUUCAAUUGGUUUUCUAAUACACCUCAUUUGGACACACACACACACACACACACACAUGAACUGAAACAAAGUAAACCCCACAAGAAGAACAACAACAGCUACGAUACCUAUUUACUGCUAUAUUGUAUGACGUAAUGUUACCCACAACACCAUAGCAAAAAUACAUACACGUACUACCAAAAAAAGAAGCAUAAACCCAACCAAAAUCGAACUUCGAAACACUCGUCAACUAUUGCCUAUAUACAUACUACUAACAGAACAAAAGCAAAGCAAAACAAAAAAGAGGGAAACUAUACACUACUUAUAUAUACACUUAUUAUAUACAAACAACGACAUACGCAAUAUUGUAUGUCUGUUUUUGUACAGUAAAACAAACGAUAACAACAACAAACGAUAUAACAAGAACUAAGCCUGACAAACAACACAUCAAUCGUGUAUCCUAAACAACUCCUCCCUCAGAUCAGAUACUCUAAAGACCUCCUCAUUUCUCUGUCUUUUCAAAAUGAUUUCCUUCCUUCAGUUUUCUUUUUUCUUGCGAUAUUUUGUAGUCCCCAAAAAAACCCACAAAUGCAGAACUUCUUGGCACACACUUUUCGACUGUCACGCUAUAAAAGAAAUUGAAAUUAAACCUCAGAUCAAGUUCUAGUUAAGUUAUAAUAAUAGCAGCAACAAAUGCAAGAACGGGAAGACAACCUUAUAUAUUAUAUAUAUAUGAAAUAUAUGCAUAAAUAAUAUUAAUAAUUGCAAGUAAUUUUAAUUAGUCGCAUAAGCCAAAUGUUGGACGGGGAAAAAUUCGCCGAAACCGAAACUAAACAAAAGUUAAAACUAAGCGAAAAACUUAGGCAAGGAAACACACGCAUCUGUUUUCUCUCCGAAGGCAAACAAAAUUAGUUGAAUCGAAAAUAGACAUGCUAAAUCCGAUGAUAUCUAGUGAAACAAAUUUUAUAUAUUUUUUUUUUUUUGAGAUUUUAUUUUAUUUAAGCUUAGUUGGUAUUUGUUUUACAAAAAAAUAUUGAUUUUUUGAGUAUUUCCAUUGGGAUAUAGAUGCCUUGGAUUAGUGCGGGAUGAGGGGAUGAGCUUUGAAGCUUUCGUUACAACUGUCUCGGUAUCGGUAUCGGUAGCGGUCUGACUAUACUUACAGUGCGUUUCGAAGCUAUUACAACUGAUAGUAUACAACAACAACAAAAUAAAGAUAUAAAGAUAUAUAUAGUGUAUGAAAAAUCUCAGUUAUCCGACACUUGUUAAGGCAUUUAAAAACUACGUAGUUAUGUCGAAGCUUCAACUCACCUACAGUUUCGGAGCGCACUGUAUGGCUGGCCAGAGAAAAGUCAAGAAAACCUUUCUCCACGAUCCACACUUGGCAAGUCACACAUUUUGUAGGAAUUCCAAUUCUAGGAUAAGUUUCAGACAGAUGUUAAUGGGGAAUCCCCAGCCAGCCAGGCUGCAGGUUCUCUUCCACCCGAAAAACCAACCCGGUUCCAACCUUACUUUAUGUUCCUCAAAGACCCAGCAGAAUAGUGUAAAAAAUGAGAAAGACGAAACAAAAAAAAAACA